AUGGCAUCCAGUCAUGCUGGCGAUGAGCAGCAUUAUAAUGGCUGGUCGCCGGGCAUUGCCAACAAUAGUAAUCAGCUAUCACCAAAUCGUCGAGACCAGGCUUUGCAGCCCCCAUUAUUGACAACAGCCCUGGGUGGACUUCAAUUUCCUCAGGGGACAACACCAUUGUCAUCGACGUCGCUGUCUAGUCCCUUUAUACACGGCCAGUCACCAUCUGUUCCUUCUCCAGCGACCGGCAGAUCAGCGCCCCCAUCUAGACAACCAGCCAACUACAAUGUGCCUUAUAAUCCGCAAGACUGGGGUCCGGUAGGCGGGGCAGCUGCACAAGCUCAGUUUGCCCAUUCAGGCAGUCAACAUCGUGUGGUAUCCCAGCAGAGAGCUCAUGGAGAGGAACCUAUAUCACCUCCACCUCCGCCAUACUCACCUCCAAGCAAUCCGAACCAAAUAUCGCAAGGAAGCUUUGCGUCUCCAAAUCCCAAUGUCUCGGUGACGCCUACCACGACACCACCUCAAAAUCCCCGAGAGGGUGAUUUUAACGCUUCUCCCGGACAUCCACGGCGUUCUGUUCAUCGCCCACGGCCUCUUUCUAUGGUUUACACAAGUGAGGGAGAGUCCCAUCAGCAGUCAUUGCCUCCUCCCCCUCCGCCACAAGGUUAUGCAGGACCAAGGUCUGUCUCUCAUAGUCGAGUAGAUGGGUAUCAGGGAGGACCGUAUCAGUCUCCAUCCUUGCAUUCCAGAGCCAGGGCUUCGAUUUCAUCUUAUGAGCAAGGUAUAGCAUCACAAGCCGUAAGGGGUCCAGUACCAGGACCAUCAUAUGGCGAACCGGAACUACCUUUAAGACCACCUGCUUCGCGACGAGCUGCCUCCGCCGGUGCAAUUGUGCACAGCGCAAACGCCUCAAGGGCACAAAGUCAAACAAGAAAUGGAUCCCCAUCGAAUAGCAGCUGGGAGCCAGGUAUGCCGCUUCCACCACCGCCACCAGGUCCACCCCCUACUGCACGGUCUGUCAGCUUGAGUGACUCUUCGGAGUCCUCCUCUGCAAGAACAGUUCAAAGUUCUGUAAGGGUAAGAACUCGGCCGCGGCCGUCAAUUGGAACUGGCCUUGGAAGUAUUCCACCAACACCAGCCGACUGGGUGGAUGAAGAGUACAUCAAUAGCCGCCCAACUCAAGAAGAACAGCCACUUUACAUUGAUACGACUAGAGUGAUUCCGACGCCUGAUAUAUCUGAGCAGCUCGAUUCAGGCGGCAACAUACGUGAAACUCAAAGAACUCCAGGUAGCGGCGGUCUCUUCCGCAGAGAGGCAGUCCGAGAUCCAAGUGCCAAAGGUAUUCGUGAAAGAAGAAUCGAGCGACGUAACCGUCAAAGUCAAACAUUUGAUGAUAUGAGCGCGGUCUCUGCCACCGGCAAUAAUCCAUGGGCUGACGCUCUAGAAAACAUCAAGCCGACAAAUCUGGUUCUUCCAUCACCAAGAAAUAGUCCGGAUCCAACACGCCAGCCUACGUCUUCGAGAUUUACCCCGAGAAGUGCUCGAAGUCUUCCAUCCGAGGGGCAAUUCACUACCUCGCGAUCUCGAACAAGCUCUGGGGGUCUUUUCUCCGAUGAUACCUCUUACCCAACGCCCAAAGCAGAGCCAAGUCCAAUUGCUGGGCCUAGUGCCAGUGGCCCAUCUGCUGCGUUUGCGCAUACUCCACCUUUUUCACCGAAUGGAGAGUCGUCUUCAUCAUAUCCAAAAGAAAUAGCUCAACCGAAGCCACCAAAGGCAUUACCCACGCCUCCGUUAGGCUCUGGUAAAGAGUUUCAACCACAGUCACGACCCCGUGCCCUAUCCCGGGGACCAGAGGAGCGCCCAAUCUCGCACAUUCUGCACAUGCCUAAUGAUGCUGUCUCCAUGAUGAAACCACUAUCUCCGCGUCGCAUACCGUCUCGAGAAGCAAUGACGCAAAAUUCGUUGGAAGGUAUGAUCAAGCAGGAUACAGAAUUUGUUCAGAACUCCAUACAGAGACACCGAAAAUUCAUAGAAGAUGAGGCUGCGGCAGCAAACGAUGCCGAAGCCUUGAAGGUUUUCACGCAAUAUAUGAUCGCCGAGUCCGCGAUUCGACGCCAGCGCUAUGCUUCUGUCUGGGCUUCCGGGUCAUUUGACACCGAUUCGGUUCAUAGCAAGUUAUUUGAAGCACCUCCAUCCAAACCAGUCAGGCCAGCUCCGAAGCUAGACAUUCCUCAAAAUCGACUAAGCAGACCUGAUUCCGCAUGGUGGAAUACCUAUCAGCCUUGCUUGUCGCCUAUUGCCAGUAUCAAUAUGAGUAAUGAUGAACAGAGCUCACGAGGUCGUGCACCAAGUCGAUGGUGGGAAUCCCAAACUGGGUCCAGUAGCGAUGGGAAUGGCAGGCGGGUCCAACGUUCCAAGCGUGAAUCGAAGUAUAUGGGGUUACCUCGAGAUUCCACCCAGUGGGACCAGGAACGUACGCCAUCGAAUCUUGAUGAUGCGGGCUCAAAUUAUACUGGUCCAGAUGUGCCUUAUGGCCCAGACGAAUAUCCACCCGAAAAGGUCGGCUGGCAUGAGGACGGCAAUGGGUAUCCCAGUAUGGAAGCUCAGUCGCGAUACCAAAGACCCAUCGCAAAUUCAAAGCUGGAUAUAUCGCGCCUGGUCACUCUACCCCCGCCAUAUCCUCGCCACUACCCCGCGGUCAACAAUAGUCAUCCUGACCUCGUAUCUUAUCGAACUACUGUUCGCUCUAUUACCGAUCUUUCUGAAAUCAAGUCAACCAGACAGCGGUACGAGAUGGAUAUUGAGAGAAUGAUCCAAGAGCAUCAAAGCCAGGUUCAAGAAAGUCGCCUUCAUUUCAAAUCUAAUAUCCAGAGCCAGAUUCAAGAAGGUAGUCUUACUUUCGCCGAGGCUGCCGAAGCAGAGGCUGCAAUGAUCGCUGAGGAGAACCAACGUGCAAGGGAAUUGGCAAAACGCCAACUCGAUUCCUACCAGGAAAUAGUGCUGAAGCCAAUGCAUCCUAUUAUCACUGACCGAAUCGAGAGAGCAACAUUUUGUAUCGAUGAAUUGAGGAGCAAGCUCUUCGACGAUGCCCAGCACGAAACCCCCGAUCAAACGCAAGAAGAAGGCGAUGAAAAGCCUGAGCUGUUGGAGAAGCUCACUCAGCUGAAAUGGCUUUUCGAAGCAAGAGAACAACUCCACAGAGAGUCUUUUGAUCUGGUCAGCGGUCGUGACGAGAAAUACAAAUCGAUUGCCUUGCUACCGUAUCAGCAAAACAAAAAUGAAGAGAAGCUUCGCGAAACGCAAGCAUUCUUCACGAAGGAUACAUUGGAUCGACGGGUCCAGUAUGAAUCCGAGACACUUGCUCGUCUGGAAUCAUUCCUGGAUGUCAUUGAGCAAAAUGUCGUCCGAGGUGUUGAAAAGCAGCUCUCAGCAUUCUGGGAUAUUGCACCCUCGCUGCUUGCCUUAAUACAGCAAGUCCCCGAGCGGUUACAUGGUUUCAGAGUUCAGGUUCCCGCCAACGAGUACGAAGAAAAUCCAAGUUAUCACUCGCAUCCGCUACAGUACCUCUACUCGCUACUUUCUCAUGCUGAGAAAUCCAGCUAUCAAUAUAUCGAGUCCCAGACAAAUCUUCUCUGCUUGUUGCAUGAAGUUCGCUCAGCUUUGAUGCGGGCGAAUCGCAACCUCGUUGAAGCUGAACGAAUUCAGCAGGGGGAACCUGAAGAAACUGUGCGUCAGAUCAUAGAAGUCACUCGAGCAGAUGACGAGGUUUCUCUUACUACGGAUUUGAAGGAUAAAGUUGCUACUGUCGAGAGCCAGUGGACCGAGGCUCUUGGAAGCCAAAUUGAAGAAUUGCGUGAACGAGUUAAGGAACAGCUUGUGGGUGAAGAUGGAUGGGAAGAUUUGGAACGAUUGGAGCAGGCGUAG